UCCCCCAUAAUUCUAUUUUGUUUUGUUCUCAUUUUUUCCACAUUGUACAAUGUCUAUGCGAAGGAACAUUUCCCCUUUCGUCCUCCUCGUCACUGUCGUCCUCACGUUAGCACCAUCAUGUUUGGAGGCCCUUCACCAUCAACAUUAUUAUUAUUCUCAUCAUAAUAAUGUGGCACACAGUAUUAAUCUGAACCACUUGGACGAAGAAUCUGGGUAUGACUCCAGAGCAUACCCUUCGUAUAAUUUGGAAGAUAUGAGGAGUACGAUGAGGUUUUUAGCUUCGGUUACGACAGUUAAUGUCGAUGACUACGGUGCUAAGGGUGAUGGAACUCAUGACGAUACACUGGCGUUUCAAAAAGCUUGGAAAGCAGCAUGUUCAUCUACUGCUACUACAGCUGUUUAUUUUCAAGUUUCCAAGAAGAAGAAUUAUCUUCUGAGACCAAUUUCAUUUUCUGGGCCAUGCAAGUCUGCCAUUACAGUUCAGAUCUAUGGAAGUAUUGAAGCAUCUGAUGAUCGAUCCGACUACGAGGAAGAUCGGAGUCAUUGGCUUAAAUUUUCUAGCGUCCAAAAUUUGAUGGUUGAAGGUGAUGGAACUAUUAAUGGAAAUGGGAAAAUUUGGUGGCAAAAUUCUUGUAAAGUCGAUACAUCUCUUCCAUGCGAAAAUGCACCUACGGCUUUGACAUUCUACAUGUGCAAGGAUUUGAUAGUUAAAAACCUUAGAAUCCAAAACGCACAGCGAAUGCAUGUCUCCUUCGACAAAUGCACAAACGUUCGUGCUUCCAACCUUGCCGUGACUGCACCGAAAGAUAGUCCCAACACCGAUGGAAUCCAUGUAACAAAAACAACAAAUAUUCAAAUAUCCGAUUGCACCAUUGGAACCGGCGAUGAUUGUAUUUCGAUUGUUAGUGGCUCCCAAAACGUUGAAGCAACAGGUAUCACUUGUGGCCCCGGACAUGGAAUCAGCAUUGGAAGCUUAGGGUCUGGGAAAUCGAAGGCUUAUGUGUCUAACGUUGUUGUGAAUGGAGCAAAGCUAUCUGGAACCGAAAAUGGAGUCAGGAUCAAGACAUGGCAGGGAGGAUCUGGAAGUGCAAGCAACAUCAAAUUUCAAAACAUAGAAAUGCAUGAUGUGAAGAACCCCAUAAUUAUAGACCAAAACUAUUGCGACCAAAAGGGCCCAUGCAAAUACCAGAGUUCAGCUGUUCAAGUAAAAAACGUGGUAUACGAGAACAUAGCAGGCACGAGUGCGACGGAGAUAGCGGUGAAGUUUGAUUGUAGCAAGAAUCAUCCGUGCAAGGGAAUAGUGAUGAAGAAUGUGGAGUUGGUAGGGGAAGGAGAUGAAGUUGCAAAAGCUGAAUGCAACAAUGUGAGGUUCAGCAACCUUGGAACUGUCUCACCAAAAUGCCCACCACCUUAAUUAGGUUCACAAUCACACACAGGACUAAUAUAAUGAUAAGAUUAAUAAUGUUGUACCAUUAUACAUACAGACAUUCAUUCUACAGUAGAAGAAUCAUAUCAUAGGGAUUCCUUCAUUAUAAUUAAGUUCAUUAAACAAUAAUGUACGUUGAUUGUAGGUGUUAUAUAUGAAAAUAAGAUUGAUUGUAUGUAAUGAAUGGGA